AUGAAUGUGAAAGGAGAUUUGUAUGUUGAACAUAGUACUGGGAACAUGGACCCUGCUGAUAGGGAACCUAAAUGUGUGAAUGAUGAUGACCACCCCCCUGAUAAUGGAAUUGAUGGGUUAGAUGAGGAGAAGGUAGAAGGGUUAGAUGACAGUGAAGAUGAAAGAGCUACUGCUUACUUUGAUGGUUUUGAAGGAAUAGAUGUUACUAAGCCUAUUAGGUGGGAGCCCAAUAACAGUAUGGAGGAGCCCAAUAAGAGUAUGGAUUCAGAUGAUGUAUACUAUAGUGAUGAGUUGAAUAGUUCUGACCCAGAUGAUUCUUGUGAUGAAGAAAGGCCCAAGUAUGCUAGGUUUAGGAAAGAGCAUCUAAACAAAGACUUUAUAUUCAAGUGGGGUAUGGAAUUCAACACACUUGAUGACUUUAGGGCAGCUAUCCGUGAGUGGUCAGUGCUUAAUGGGAGGGAAAUUUCUUUUGUGAAAAAUGAGGGAGAUAGGGUAAGGGUGGUGUGUAAGCAUAAAUGUGGGUUUUUAGUCUUAUGCUCUAAGGUGGGCCACAAGGAGACUUUUGCUAUAAAAACACUUGUACAUAAGCACACAUGUGCUAGGGUUUUGAACAACAAGUCUGCUAGCUCAAAGUGGGUGGCCAAGCAUGUGGUAAAGAGGAUGCAAACUUCUGAUACAGUCAGGAUAAGAGACAUCAUCCAAGAUAUGAGGCAAACAUAUUCUGUGGGUAUUACUGUUGCAAAAGCAUGGAGGGCUAAGCUAAUUGCCAAGAAGAUAAUUGAAGGUGAUGCUGACAAUCAGUAUGCUUCCAUAUGGAGGUAUGCAGAAGAACUAAGAAGGGUAAACCAUGGCAACACUGUGAAGAUAAAUGUAGAAAGACCUAGUCCAUCCAUACAACCAAGGUUUGGGUCAUUUUAUUUCUGUUUUGAUGGCUGUAAGAAAGGCUUUAUUCAUGGAUGCAGACCAUUUGUGGGGGUUGAUGGAUGUCACCUAAAGACCAAGUAUGGUGGACAGUUACUUAUUGCUGUAGGCAGGGAUGCUAAUGAUCAAUACUUCCCUUUGGCAUUUGGUGUGGGACUUGUGGCUGUAUUUGAAGAAUUGUCUGAUACUAUUGAGCAUAGAUUAUGUCUUAGGCACUUGUAUGCUAAUUUCAAGAAAAGGUUUGGUGGAGGAGCCCUUAUUAGAGAUUUAAUGAUGGGAGCUGCUAAAGCCACAUACUAUCAGGCAUGGGUCCAAAAGAUGAAUGAAUUGAAGAAUGCAGAUCCCAAUGCUUGGACUUGGUUGAUGGUUGUUCCUACCAAAAGCUGGUGUAAGCAUGCCUUUUCUUUUUACCCUAAAUGUGAUACAUUGAUGAAUAAUAUCUCAGAGUCUUUUAAUGCUACCAUUCUAGCUGCUAGGGACAAACCUAUACUCACAAUGUGUGAGUGGAUAAGAAAAUAUCUGAUGAAUAGGUUAUCCACCUCUGCAAGUAAACUAGAAAAUUGGCCACAUAAGGUGAUGCCAAUACCUAGGAGAAGGUUAGAUAAUGAGGUGUUCAGGAGUGGUCAUUGGUUGCCAACAUGGUCAAUUGCUGAGACUUUUCAGGUUACACAUAGUUACAACACACAUGAAUUUAUUGUUGACAUUGCUAAAAGGUCAUGUAGUUGUAAUUUUUGGGAAUUAGUAGGAAUUCCAUGUAGGCAUGCUGUAGCUGCUCUGAGUUAUAGAAAGCAAAACCCUGAUGAAUUUGUUGAUGCUUGUUACACAAGAGAAAAGUUUGCACUAUGUUAUGGAUUUUCAGUAAGUCCAAUCAAUGGUCAAGAUAUGUGGCCAGAAGUUGAGAUGGAACCACCUCUACCACCUGCAUAUAAAAAUGGUCCUGGUAGACCUAAGAAGAUUAGGAUAAGAGAAAGUGGAGAGGAUGGUGCAAGGAAGAGAAGAUCUGGUGUUGCAUAUAAGUGCACCAAAUGUGAUAAUUUUGGUCACAAUGCUAUGACUUGUAAGGCUACCACUCAGGAUCCCAAUGCACUUAAAAGAAAGAGAAAACCUAAAAAAGGACAUGUGCCAACUGCAACUGAUAUGCCAACUGCAAAUGAUAUGCCAACUGCAUCUGAUAUGCCUGCCCCAACUGCAACUGAUAUGACUGUUCCAACAAAUGUGCCUGUUCCAACUGAUCCACAGCCUCCAACUGAUAUGCCUGCUCCAACUGCAACUGAUAUGACUGUUCCAACAAAUGUGCCUGUUCCAACUGAUCCACAGCCUCCAACUGAUAUGCCUGUUCCAACUAUUAUGAGUCAAACAGGAUCUAGUGUGGCUGCCUCAAUCACAAAACAAUCCAGAAAAAGGGUUGAAAAAAAACCUAUCAUCAAAAGAAGGCAAAGACCUAAAGAAAAAGCCAAAGUAUUUAAUUACAUUCACCUUGAAUUCUGCACUGAAAAAUUUUCUGAUGAUUUUGCAAUUUUGCUCUUUCAUUAUGAUAUAAUUUUUUUCUGUCAUUAUUGGUAG